CGGGCAUGUGCAACAUUUGGGUCUUUUCAGGUUGUGCUUCAUGACCCAGAUGAAGAACCAGAUUUCAUUAACAAAGGUUUUUUGGUGUCACCCGGAUUCACAACCUAUGCUAGUGUUAAAAAGAUCAAGUAUCGACAUUUACCAAGUCCAUUUAAAGCAUUUGGCACCAUAACCUGUCUUGAUACCAAGGCCCCUAGUUACAACCACACUUUGAAGUAUUCAGACAAAUACGACGUUACGUCUUGCCAGAAAGAGUGUCGACUGAAAUAUCUGCUAGAAAGAUGUCAUUGUGUCGACUACACUGAUUACGGUAAUGAUACACUGUGUAGCUUAAGAGAAUUAUUUGUGUGUUAUAAUAAAGAAAAGGAUCGUUUCAACCAAAUACGUAACAAAUUGUGCAACUGCCCUACACCAUGUGAAUCUACCAGCUAUGAAGUACAACUUUCGACAGCUUAUUACCCAUCAGAAGUUAUGAAAUAUUUUAUAGAAAGGGCUUUUAAUAAUUCCGAUUUAAGAAAGAAUUAUGCUGAAGUAAGAAUCUUCUACGAGAAUUUGGUAGAAACUGAAUCAAGCCAGGUUCCAGUGUAUAAUUUAGAUAAUAUUGUCGGCAAGUAA